UUGUUAGAACUAAACUUUUUAUUUGUAACAAUUUUAAAUAAUUCAGAAUUUCUUAAAUUAAAAUUAACGAAUAGUCUUAAUUACUUAUCUUCAGAAUGACACUACAAAUUUGUAGUUAUCAAGGUUGUUAUACACAACGGUUUCCUUGCAGUUCAAUAACAUUCUUCCAAUUACCAACCGAUGAACCACGACGUACACAUUGGAUACUAAAUAGUGGAAAUAAACAGCUGCUUAACCUUAAGAAUAGCCAAAAACGAUACUUCUGUGAAGAUCACUUUCAGAAAAAGGAUAUAAAACCACAUUUUUAUAGAAAACUUUUAUAUAAGAACGCAGUUCCUAUGCCAUACAUGAGUGACGAUGUUUCUACAACAACCACAAAUACAAAUACAAUACAGUUUACGGAGUUCGAGGUAGUGAGAGAUUACCAAAACGAAGUUAAAGGAACAGAUGAAGACAAUUUGUACCAGGAAUUCGAAAUAAAGGAAGGAGAAUAUGAAGCCGAAACUGCUGCAAAGAUGAUGUCGACAAAUGACAAUUGCUUUUUAUAUGAUGAGUGUAACGAGGAUGACAUACAGGAAAACAAAAUAUUGACUGAGGAAUUACUGGACAUACCAGAAAAUAUUUCUAAUCCCGCUGAAGUAACACCCUCAAAACAAGAGUCUAUGUAUAUUGAUAGUAAUGAUUUUGUCGGCACAUCGGUUGCUGACGAUGCGGCGUCAACUUCUUGCAUUUCGCCGUCAGCUUCAUCCACUACAGAUGUCAUUUACAGUACAGAAUCGCAAAAUGCUUAUACUUGUACAACAAAUGAUUGUAUUGCCACUGCUGCUGAAAUAAAUACGGAUUUAGUGUUAAAAAAUGAUAAAGAAAUUUAUAACGAUUUAAAUGAGACUACAGUGCCCGAUAAAUCCUACGAAUCCGAUAAACAUUUUGCGUUAUCACUUGUGUAUUAUUUUCAACGAUUAAAUGCUAAAAAGAAAGCGCAAGCUAAAAUUGAUAUAUUAACAUAUUUAGUAGCUCUAGAGCAGGAUAAGAAUUCUUAAUGGGAUUUAUUCCAUCCUGAUGUGUGAUGUAGCAUAAAAUAGUUGAGGUAUGAUAUUUUUUAUAUUCUUAGUAGCUUUAAUUAAAAAAAAAAAAUGAAAUUUAAUGGUGUAAAAUAAGUCAAGAGUAAAGUGAUACUAAACGGAAUUGGUUGUAAGACUAAGUGUAGCUACUCAAUUAAACAAACAAAAAUAAUUUGGUUUUGAGACUAAA